AUAGGAAGUUUCCAACAAGUGCUGGCAUCGUGGACUCCGCUCUAGACUGUUAGUACCAGUUGCCAGGCUCAGCUUGUGCUCACUUCUCGCUUCCCUCCCCAGCACACAUGUAAUCUGAAACCUCACAUCUCCAGAACGACCAACAACAAAAAAAGCGCUCAGGCAGAGACAGCAGCUGGCUGUCAGCAGCAGAGUGGAGAGGAGCCAAGCGAGGAAAGAACCCCAAGCCAGAGAGGGGCAGGAUGCGGGAGAGAGAGACGUGAAGUUUAAGAAGACAGAAAAACAACAACAAGAGGUGGAGGACAGUCCCGCGGCACUGUUGGGUGUAACACAACUUGGACAGUGCUGGCCAGGAUGUCUUCCGAAGGCUUUCUGAAGGAAGUACAGACCAUUGGUGAGAAGUUCCUGCUUAAGCUCCAGAAACUGCCCAAGGCUGAACCUGUAGAGAUAGUGUCAUUUUGUAUUAUCCUCUUCUUUAUCGUUACCGUGCUGUCACUGAUGACCCUAGCCUGCAGCUGUUGCUGCUAUCGCUGCUGCUGCAAUGGAAGCCCUGAUCAGAGAGGCAGGAAGAUCCAGAUCCAGCCAACUGCUCAUGUGUGAAAUGCAUGAGGAGAAGACAGUGAAAGAGGAUAUAGGCAGCCACUGUGGCUGAAUCACCUGGGAAUGACCCUCUCUACACUAAUCUUCUGAACAGGCUGGUGGGAGUGAAUGAGAAUACACUGCAGAGGUAGGGUGACCAGAUGUCCUGUUUUUAAAGGGACUGUCCCAUUUUUGGGAGACUUUUUCUUAUAUAAGUGCUUAUUACCCUCAACCCUGAUUUUUCAUAGUUGCUAUCUGCUAACCCCAUGCAGGAGAGGAAAGUGGAUCAUAAGAUGGAAUAGGUUGUUCUGCAAUGAUCAAUGCCUGGGUCUGUGAUGUGGCCACAUAGGUAACACUAUUCUGACAUCCUUGUCUCCUUGCCAUAGAAAGACACAAAACCAGACUUUUCCCAAUGUGAACAUUGCAGCUGGGCUGGCAGAAAAUUCCAACAGGCUCUCUCUUUGUGAGCAAAGAGCAGCAAACCAGACAAAGACCACAUGCAGACUGACCCAGGGUUAGGAAGGUCCCCUGCUCUCUUGAUAAAUGACCAAUCCAGUGAGAUGGUGCUGGGCACUAGCAACUCUGACUGUCAUCACUGGAGAUAUCCAUUACCAGCACCCCUCAGGGUCAAGCCCAAAGCACGUAUGACUUUUCCUUCCCUGUCCUAUUCUCUUUAAACCCAUGAGUAAUAGAGUACGUGAAAUUUAACAGAGCCAUCCACUCAGAGCACAGCAUGACAUGAACUUUCAGCUGGCAUGUGAGCUCAGAGACUGGAAGUACAGUUGGCAUCAAAUGCUCCCUGCUUUUAUUUUCUCAGUGUUACGAAGACAAGAAAACUGCCAAAGGGGAAAACAAUUAGACUAUGUGCAAUAUCCAUCAUACACUGAAGGAUGAAGGCAAGAGGGGAAAACCCUAACACAAACUGUUUUGUUUGCUUGCCCUGUCAGUAAUCAUUUUUUAAAAAAAGCUUUUUAUUUAGAUCCUUCUCUUCCAUGAAAAAAAGUGUUGCCUUUUCUGCAUAUUGCAGGGUGAAUGUUCAGUACAGUGCAUGGGGCACUGAAGCAGAUGUACAAAUCCCCAUUAUUAUUCAUGGGAGUGGCAUGCCUAGCUCCCUGCACUAAAUUGGUCGGUGUAUAGUUUAUAUUAAUGGCACCAAAUGUUUAAGGUAUAUUUAUACACACAUGUAUUUCAGAGAAAGAAUAUACAGUGAGGGCAGUGUUAAUUCAGGACAUAUGUGCAGCAGCUGAGAGACAGCAUCAUGACAAGUGGUGGAGCAAACUGGAGCCGAGCAAACCAUACUGCUAAAGUUAACAAGUGCAAAUAAAUACCUUUUCAACACUGCAGCCACUGUGUAAAUUUGGUUUAUAUUCCAGUGGACUUCAAAAGGAAGUUACAUGUGUGUAAAGUCUGCAGCAUUGGGCCCGACAUUUGUAAUUAAGGGUAGGAAAGGAGAAGAAAAACGACUCCUCUUUCUCAGCAAUCCGUUCGAUAAAAGGGGUUUAAUGUUUAAAACUGAAAGCAAUUAUGCCACAAUAUGAACUGAUCACCUUUAAGAGAAAUUAAAAAAAGCCCAUUCGGACUUAAGAGAGUGUAAACAAAUCUUCUACUCGCAUUUUGCAUUUUUACUACGAUUGAAACAGCCAAAUGGACUAAAUACACAUCUACAGUGCCAGAGUUCAGCUAUGGUGCGCUGAGUUACAAAGCUUUGAAUAUGGUGCUUUUUUAACGCUUGCUGACACUUCUGUAAAAAGGGGCAAUCAAAAGAGGAACAAUAUUUAAAAUAAUCCCUUAGCUAAAUUACUAAGAGCACCCUAGAUUAUUAACAAUAUCCUCUGUGUGUAUGUGUGUGUACACACACACACACACACACACACACAAAAUCAACUGGUUUACUUUUCACCACUUGUGUUGUUUAGCUUUUUGUUUUUCACUCAAUUAGAUUUGUCCAGUUGGCAUCCGAGUUCAUCCUCAUACUUUGGAACAAUUCUGGAAGCUGCCAACAAUGCAGAGGAAUGUUUAGAUUAAGAAAAAACAACACCGCAGCAUUUCAAUUGUGCAAAAAUAAAAUGUAUUAUAAUA